AAUCAAAUCGAGGAACCUUCUUCAUCUGCCAACAGUUUCUCUCGAUCUCUUGGUGCUCGAAAAAGAGCUUUCUCGGGAAUGCUACAGGAAACGAAAGGGAAGACGAACAAAGCGAUCUCUAGUAUUCGUCCGUCGUAUUUGUCGAAUUAUCAGUGUUCGCAGUGAGUGAGAGGUUGUUUUCCCGUGUAUGUGGAGAUGGAAGAUGUUGCUGGUUUACAAGAGGCAGCUGGAUCCAGAUUUAGCCACAUUGAUUUAAUCGGAAGAGGAUCUUUUGGUGAUGUCUAUAAAGCGUUUGAUAAAGACCUCAACAAAUACGUUGCCAUCAAAGUUAUCGACUUGGAAGAAUCAGAGGAUGAGAUCGAAGAUAUUCAGAAGGAAAUUUCAGUAUUGUCACAAUGUCGUUGCCCAUAUAUCACCGAGUACUAUGGUUCUUACCUUCAUCAGACAAAACUGUGGAUCAUCAUGGAAUAUAUGGCCGGUGGCUCUGUUGCUGAUCUUCUUCAGUCUGGUCAUCCGUUGGAUGAAACAUCAAUCGCUUGUAUCACACGUGAUCUGCUUCAUGCUGUUGAAUAUCUGCAUAAUGAGGGAAAAAUCCACAGAGACAUCAAAGCUGCCAAUAUAUUAUUGACAGAGAAUGGCGAUGUUAAGGUGGCAGACUUCGGUGUGUCUGCACAAUAAACUCGGACAAUAUCAAGAAGGAAGACUUUUGUAGGAACACCAUUUUGGAUGGCACCAGAAGUGAUUCAGAACUCAGAAGGAUAUAAUGAGAAGGCAGAUAUUUGGUCGCUCGGAAUUACAGUUAUCGAGAUGGCAAAAGGAGAACCUCCACUAGCUGACCUUCAUCCUAUGAGAGUGCUUUUUAUCAUUCCUCGGGAAAAUCCUCCUCAGUUAGAUGAGCAUUUUUCCCGUCCGGUGAAGGAGUUUGUUUCAUUAUGCUUGAAAAAGGUCCCUGCUGAGAGACCCAGUGCCAAAGAACUUCUUAAACACAGAUUUAUUAAGAAUGCCAGGAGAAGUCCGAAACUUCUUGAGAGGAUAAGAGAGCGGCCAAAGUACCAAGCAAAAGAGGAUGAAGAGACUUCUAGGAAUGGUCCCGAGGCUCCAGUAUCAUCUGGUACUGUUAGAGCGGCUAGAGAUGAUAGAAGCCAAGUAACUCCUGAAUCCAGUUUUCAGGGAAAAACUGUCAAAAAUGCUGGAUGGGAUUUUAGCAUUGGGGGGUCUCAGGGUGUUGGAACAGUUCGUGCUUUAAAGUCUCCUCAAGCGAGGGAGAGGAGCCAAGAAGUUCCUUCUAAUCAGACUUCUCAAAGAACAACAAGAGCUAGUGGUAAUCAAUUGACAUCCAAUUCUGGUAGUACCGAAGCCUCUGAAGGGGGUUUUGGUAAAAGACAUCAUUAUCAGAAUGACCAUGAAGAUGGCUUCCACGAAGAGGAAGAUUCAUCGCUCAGUGGAUCAGGAACUGUUGUCAUAAGAACCCCAAGAAGUUCCCAAUCAUCUUCAAUAUUCCGUGAACAAAGCUCCGCGUCUAGCGGCAGGUAUGCAUCGUAUGAUGAUGCUUCAACAAGUGGAACUGUUGUUGUCCGUGGACGACACGAUGACUCUGGAUCACCUCGAACCCCAAAAUCUAGAUUAGGGAUUCAAGAGAGAACUUCGAGUGCCUCGGAAGAUAGCAUCGCAAAUCUCGCCGAGGCAAAGGCAGCACUUGACGCAGGUUUCAGAAGGGGAAAUGCUAGAGAAAGACUUGGAAUGGGGAAGAACAGUAAUGAUGGGAAAGUUAACCGAAGAAGGGGACAGAUGACAGAAGAUUCUGAUUAUUCAAGGAAUUCCGGCGAUGAGUCUCGUAAAGAAAAAGCACUUCCAAGAUCACAACAAGCGAGUGAUGAAGAAGAUGACUCCAUAUGGGAUUCAUUGCCUGCAUCGUUGUCAGUAUUGCUUAUACCGUCCCUGAAAGAGACUCUUGGUGACUAUUCAAAAGGAUCUAUAGGACAUACAGUGUUGAGAUCCCUCGUGGCGAUGGAACGUGAAAACCCUGGUUCUUGUGAAGCUUUUGUUGCCAAACUGAUUGAACUUUUGGGAAGUUUAAAAGAAGCUUCGGUGAAGGAAGUGCAGGACAUGGCGGUCCGUGUUUUCUCCAAGACUGCACCCGCCGCAGCGGAGAACAAAAGAAAACAAGCGAACAAUGACUUAAAUUCCAACACAAAUAUUACCCCACUCGGCAGAUUCUUACUCUCAAGAUGGCUAAGCCAAUCAUCGCGUGAUCUUUAAUCUCCCACCCGGAGACAGAAGUACAGGGAUAGAAUCAUUGAUUUUUGGUAUUUAUGUGCAUAAUCUGUUUUUUAAAAAAUGUAUUUAUAAAAUUCGUUUAUUUUAUUCUAUUUAUAUGUUCUCGCAAUUUGCUCAUUAUUCAUAGUUGUGUAUAAUCAAGGGUUUGGCUUUGUUAUUGUUACCAAAAUGUAAUAUGUAUCUCCAAAACAAUUUCAUUUUAUUCUUUUA